UCUCAAGUCUGAAACACACCUAGUCCUUACUCCUUAGUAACCCCCAAACAUGCAAACCAAAUCCAUCCACAACACUCCAACAUACAUUCCUCCACCCAUAAGGCCAUCACCUCCGGUGCACCAAACCCCUUCUUUGCCACCAACCACAACCAAACCUCGUGCAAUAUCCAUUUCUGCACCCACUACCCCUGUUGCCAUACCAAUUCCACCAACCAUAGAGUCUGAUGACCCUAUGGCCGCUUAUUACGACUACCAAGUUUUGUUCAUUUCACAAAGAUCCGAAACAACUCAACCCGUUAAAUUAAGUACCGUGGACGGCGUGAUCCCGGCCGAUUUCCCGUCCGGCACGUACUAUCUAACCGGACCGGGGCUUUUGUCGGACGAUCACGGGUCCACGGUACACCCUCUAGAUGGUCAUGGUUAUCUAAGGGCAUUCACUUUUGAUAAUGUUACUAAGAGUGCAAAGUACAUGGCUAAGUACAUUAAGACGGAGGCUCAUGUGGAAGAGCAUGACCCGGAGACUAACAAGUGGAAAUUUACACAUAGAGGCCCAUUUUCCGUAUUGAAGGGUGGGAAAAAGGUUGGGAACACUAAGGUGAUGAAAAAUGUGGCUAACACUAGUGUUCUAAAGUGGGGGGAGAAGCUCCUGUGUAUGUGGGAAGGUGGGGAACCGUAUGAGAUCCAAACAGGUACAUUAGAUACGAUUGGACGCUACAACAUCAUGGACAGUGCUGAUUCGGAAGAUCACGAUGAGAACAAAGGUGGUGGUGAUGUUUGGGACGUAGCUGCCAACCUAUUGAAACCCAUAUUAUAUGGAGUGUUUAAGAUGCCCCCAAGGAGACUCUUGUCUCACUAUAAGGUUGAUUCCAGUAAAAACAGGCUACUAAUUGUGUCAUGCAAUGCAGAAGACAUGUUGCUUCCUCGCAGUAAUUUUACAUUUACCGAAUAUGACUCAAAUUUCAAUGUAGUACAGAAGCAAAAUUUCAAAAUUCCAGAUCACUUGAUGAUCCAUGACUGGGCUUUCACGGAUACCCACUACAUAGUAUUUGCCAAUCGCAUCAAACUUGAUGUACUAGGAUCAAUGUCAGCAGUGUAUGGGAUGUCUCCAAUGAUAUCAGCAUUAAGAGUAAACCCAAGUAAGAGUACAUCUCCAAUAUACUUGCUUCCUCGGUUUCCUUAUAAUGGCAAAGAGAGAGAUUGGAGGGUACCAAUUGAAGCACCUUCACAAUUGUGGUUGCUCCAUGUUGGAAAUGCCUUUGAAGUUACACAUGCUCAUGGGAACUUUGACAUUCAAAUGCAAGCUACAGCUUGUUCUUACCAGUGGUUCAAUUUCAGCAAGUUAUUUGGGUACGACUGGCAAAAACGGAAGCUAGACCCAUCGAUUAUGAAUGUAAAAGGUGGAAAUGAGUUAUUACCUCAUCUUGUUCAGGUAACCAUAAAAUUAGACUCUGACUACAAUUGCCAAGAAUGUGAUGUGAAGCCCAUCAAGAAAUGGAAGAAAGCCUCAGACUUUCCCGCUACAAAUCCAGAGUUUUCCGGCAAGAAAAACAAAUAUCUAUAUGCAGCAACUACCUUAGGUUCUCGGAAAACAUUGCCAAGUUUUCCUUUCGAUACCGUUGUGAAAUUAGAUCUAGAAGGUGAUUCUGCACAAACUUGGACAGCUGGAAGUAGAAGAUUUAUUGGGGAACCUAUUUUUGUUCCCAAAGCCAAAUGUCGCGGAGAAGAUGAUGGCUAUCUUCUUGUUGUUGAGUAUGCUGUUUCAAUGCAUAGAUGUUACCUCGUUAUCUUGAACCCAAAAAGGAUAGGAGCAGAUAAUGCCCUUGUUGCAAGACUUGAAAUUCCAAGCCACUUGAAUUUUCCUCUAGGUUUUCAUGGUUUCUGGGCACCUAACUAGCUGAAACACAAAAUUAAAUUGUUACUGUGGUGUAAAUUUUCUUUCGUAGUGAAAAUAAAUUAAUUAUAUUCAAUGCUCUUACAAUUGAUUGUGUAGUUAUUUUAUUAUAUACAAUAGUAUUUAAUUAUUUAUUGAUUAUUGAUACAUGCUUGUAAACUUUUAUGUAUUGAGCUAGCUAUAGUAAGUUGUAAUGAAAAAAAAAAAAAGUAAA